AUGGACACCACUACGGCUAAUGGAGGGCCCGUUAUGGCUGAGGAUAAUAUCAUCAAUCGAAGAGGGGGCGAAUCACUAUUCCAGAGCUGUGCAAGCCUCAAAAAGAGACUCACUGAAGUGCCCGGUUUCGAGGCCCAUCUCGCAGAAAUGGAAAAGAUGGACAAAGCUGAGGAUGCGAUAGAUCCUGUUGCAUCUGUAUGGAGAUGUCUGAGGCAAGGGUACCCGCUGAUGACUAUCUUCAACGCCUCUAACCCUGCAGAACCCCUUACUAUCGACACUGAUAAAGUACCUGAGGCGAGGCGACCGAAAGCAGCCGCUUUCAAGUUUCUACAAGCUUGCCUUCAGGAUUUAGAGUUUCCGCAGCAGGACUGUUUCCUUAUCACCGAUCUUUAUGGAGAAAACACCACGGGCUUUGUGAAGGUCAUCAAAAUGGUUAGUCGUGUUCUGGAUAUUCUCGAAAUGCGGGGCCAACUUUAUCAAACUUCUACAGCGAGUGCAGUACCACACCAAGGGGAAAAGGUCAAGCUGACCCGCAAGGAGCAUAUUUUGAAAGAGUUGUUGGAAACCGAAAGAGACUACGUCCACCACCUUCAAAAUUUGCAGGCGCUGAAAAAGGAAUUGGAAGAAACAGGUGCCUUAAAUGGCGACUCAAGUCACCAGAUUUUUCUAAAUCUCAAUAACCUUCUUGACUUUGCGCAACGAUUUCUUAUUAGAAUGGAGCAACACAACGCCCUUCCCGAAGAUAUGCAAAACUGGGGUGAGCUAUUCAUCCAACACCAGGAAGGGUUUCGCCAAUAUGAGCCUUUUAUUGCCAACCAACUCCGAUGCGAUGCUGUCUGCCAAAAGGAAUGGGACAAAAUCAAGGCGGCGCCACGCUCAGUUGACCUCCAGCAAAUGGUGGCACAGCCAUCUACUCUCAACGGUUUUUUUGUCAAACCAUUUCAACGCCUGACUAAAUAUCCCCUAAUGCUCAUGGAACUUAAAAAACAAACCGAUCGCGAAGACCUUAUUGCCGACGUUGCCACCGCCAUCGACAUAGUUCAGACGGUUUUAGAUCGAGCUAAUCAUGCAGUUGAUAAAGAACACCUUGCCAACGCCGUUGACGAUCUCGCCUCUCGAGUUGAUGACUGGAAAGCGCUCAAUGUUGAGAUAUUUGGGGAGCUACUACGAUUUGGUACUUUCACGGUGUUGAAGGCAGAUGUAGGCAGAGAUGCAGAAAGAGAGUAUCACAUCUAUCUUUUCGAACGCAUACUGCUUUGCUGCAAAGAUGCGAAUCUCAACAAACAAAAGACCAAGCUUAUGAGCAAAGACAAACCAAAUGCUGCUCCGAAAGGAAAGCCACGGCUUCAAUUAAAGGGCAGAAUAUACAUGGCCAAUGUUACGGAAAUCCUGUCCCUGCAUAAGCCUGGGUCAUACAAAAUCCAAAUAUUCUGGAAGGGUGAUCCCGGCGUUGUUGACAACUUUGUUAUCCGGUACCAAAAUGAGGAUACCAUGCGCAAAUGGUACAAGGACAUUGACACACAACGAGCUAUUCAAACUGAAGAACGGGCGACAAGACACACGGGGACAUCUGAAACAGAAUUCACCUAUCUCAAGAUGGGCCCUAAAAUUCAAAACCCUUAUCGGGAGGAGUACGAGGCAGAGGAAGAGCUGGUCCGGGAGGGUAAUACUUUUUCGGAAUUUUCAGUAUCCCGGAAUGCUUCAAGUACAAGCUUGCGAGCGCGAUCUGCCACGGGAGGAAGUGGUAGCUCUGGUCCAAUCUCAAGUCGGCCUCCACCUCCACGAUUUCCGAUGCCAGAACCGCCUCUUUCGGUGUCCACCCAAUUUGCUAACGGGGCAAUAUCCCCCGGGGACCGGAAUGGAAAUUCGUAUUUUUCUCCAGUCACAGACCCUACUUCCUCGCGAUCAAGUCAGUCGACUAUGUUUGCGUACUCCCGCCAAGGCACGCCCUCAACUCCAUGGAUCGAGGACUCCAAUCGGUACACGGCCCCUGCCAUGCCAAGAGCCGCGUCCAGAGAUGGGGCUACGUCGAAUCCAUACUUCAGCAACAGUAAUCAACGGGGCGCCCAGCGCCCCUCGCUCCCUCCCCUCUCUUCUUCCCACCAUGGCCAAUCUAGUGGGAUGUCACAAGCCCGAAUGCGGUCUGCAAGCAGUCCUGACAUCCACCACAACCCCAAUAUACCAGACUCCCGCCGUCAUGUUAAUGGACAUUCUAUGCAGACGGUUGAUAACGUGCCUGUUCCCCCUAUCCCUGCGCACAUGGCGAGUAUGAGAGCACCAGUCAAUCGCAGCCAAAACAAUUCCCCAAUAAAUAACACUCUCCCCGUUAGGACUGCCACCCAGUCACCGGGCAUUCAGCAACGCCAUGGACUCCCCCCUAACCCUUUUCCCGAGCCCCAGCUUUCUGGUCGGAUCGAGUCCCGCUCGCAGCCAGCGCCCACAUCGAAUCCAAUGCAAUCCGGCCUUUCCUCCCCUGUGAAUCAGGAGGCUGAACAGGAACUCUAUAUGCCCAGCCAACUGAAAGCCAAAGUUAACUUUGAUGACAAUUAUGUCACUUUGGUGAUCGCAAGUAACAUACUUUUCCGGUCUCUAACAGAUCGCGUGGACGCAAAGCUCGCCCGAUUCACCGACCGGUCCAUUGGGAAUAAAUCCGUGAGACUGCGGUAUAGGGAUGAGGACGGUGACUUUGUCACGAUAGAUAGCGAUGAAGCCGUUCAACUUGCUUUUAUGGAAUGGCGCGACCAGCACCAAAACAUGUUGGCCAAUGGUCAGGUUGGAGAAAUUCAACUCUUUUGCCAACCCGUCGAAAACUGA